AUUACAUAUUUGUGUACAUAUUUUAAUAUAUGAGUUCUAUCAUCCAUCCGAUAACAAAAUUUUUGUUGCUCGGAAUGGAACCUUCCUUGAGAAGGAGUUUCUUUCUGCUAUCACUAGUGGGAGAAAGGUAGACCUCGAAGAAAUUCGAGAACCACAAGAAGAAGUCCCGAUAGUGUUGGAACAUGAGCAAAGAGAUCAAGCAAUUGAACCUCAAACUGCUCAAGAUAUACCACGUAGGUCAGACCGGAUACGUAAUCCUCCGGUCAGAUAUGGAUUUCUCGUGUCUGAUGAAGGUGACGUCUUGUUGCUGGAAGAGCUUCAAGGAGGAUACAACCGCUGAUUCGACUACAGAGGCUGAGUACAUAGCUGCCGCCGAGGCGGUUUCCGGCGGGUCAGAGCGUUUUCCGGCCAACUCCGGCGAAAUUGACGGCGGGCACCAACUCCAAUGUGGUCGUGGCAUCCGGGCGACCUCCAAGGACCCUUCAAUUGCAAGAUUUGAUGACGAUUUGCAAAACUCCCAACUUUAGACCCAAUUUCGAAUUUUAGGAUUUUUUCGAGUAGAAAAAUUCAGAUUCGAGAAGUUACAGGCAAAAUUAGACAAAAUGAUUGGCCAUAGUGCAAGUGGGAGAUUGUUGGAGUUGUGCCCUGAUGGCCACUUGUUUAUCAUUAUUCUAUCAUGUAUAGGCAGAUAUAAUAUGUUUACACAUCUCAUGCUAAUGUAAACAAAUAUUAUAUUCCUAGAUUUAUAUUUAAAAGAUGUUUAUCAGAUAAUGUUAUUCUGCUGAUGAGACUAACAUCUUGAAAUAAAUAGUUAUCUAAAUG